AUGAAUGGGCACUCAAGCCCUGCUAAGGAACUUGAAGUUACCACAAUCAAUGAAUGUUGUUUGGCGAAAAGUUCGACUCAGCUCAGCGUCGUGGAGGGCGAAGUGUGCGACCAAUCUAUUUCUGGUGACACACCCACAACACACGGAACUUUACAGAUUGAUCCUGCAGAAGAGAAAGCUUUAGUAAGGAAAUUGGACCGCAGGUUUGUACCAGUGCUUGCCUUUGCUUACUUUUUACAGUCUUUAGACAAGACUAAUAUUGGUAAUGCUUACACUUCUGGAAUGAAAGAGGAUCUCGAUCUCACUCCUAAGCAAUACUCAAAUGCUGUGUCAGUCCUUUACUCAACAUUUUUAAUCGCUCAGGUUCCAACAACGUUGUAUUUAAGAGUAAUUCCUCCCCGAUAUUUUAUGUCCGGUAUGGUGUUUUGUUGGUCGAUAAUCACCCUAUGUAGUGGGUUCGUGAAGUCUUACCACUCGCUGAUAGCACUUAGGGUACUUUUAGGCGCUUUUGAAGGCGGUUACUUUCCAGCAAUGGUGCUGCUUGUUAGCAUGAUUUACAAGCCUGAAGAGCAAGCAAAAAGAAUAGCAUUUUUCUUCAGCUGUGCGGCACUCGCUGGCGCUUUUGGGGGCUUGAUUGCUACAGGAUUGGCGACAGUCCAUGGCGCAGGAGGCCUUAACGGAUGGAGAUGGCUGUAUAUCAUAGAGGGGCUCGUUUCGACUACCGCAGCUGUAUGGAUUUACUUUGGUCUUCCCACAGAUGUUGAAAUGCCCGCUUUCAUGAACAAUCGAGAAAAAAGCCUCCUGAAAGUGAGAUCAAAACAACGUUUACAGUACAUUGGGCCACAACCCAAUUUUAGCUGGGACUUUGUUUGGGAUGCUUUGAAGGAUUUCAAAGUCUACAGUGGUCUGGCGAUACAAUUCUGUCAGAAUAUAAUCCUUUAUGCCUUCACAACAUUUCUACCUGCGAUUUUGAAACUUGGAAUGGGCUAUUCAUCAAGACAAGCGCAAUACCUGACCGUACCAGUUUAUAUCCUUGCGGCAGCAGUUUUUCUAAGCUCUGCAUAUUUCAGUGAUCGGUUUAACAUGAGAGGGCCAAUAAUUUUGUGCUUCAAUAUCGUGACCAUUAUCGGAUACAUCAUUAUGCUUACAGCAAAAACUUCCGGAGUGAAAUACUUUGCUUGCUAUUUGAUGACUUUUUCAGCUUUCACAGGCCCUGGACUCAACGUAACAUGGGUAUCAAACAACAUUGCUCCACAUUAUAAACGCGCCACUGCAAUUGGUCUAAGUCAAAUGUUUGGCAACUUAGCCGGAGCAAUAGCAGGUCAAGUUUACAUCAAGCCCCCAUACGUGCUGGGAAACUCAUUUUCUUUAGGUUGCGUGGGUUUCUCCAGUCUUUUGGUUGCUCUUCAAAUUAUCUUAUUUUACAGAAUCAAUGAAAGAAGAGCUGCCAUUUUACGAGGAGCAGUGGUUGAUAAAUUUAAGAAAAGAAGUGGGGACAAAGAUCUGAAUUUCAAAUACUGUAUAUAA